GUAAGGGCCAACCACAGCGUUACUGUUGCAUCAUAUACAACUUUAUCUAUAAGAUGCACGUCCAACUGUUUGGAGAAAAUAAACCCCAAUAAGAAACAGGUWUUGCGWGCACAAUGUAGUGGCGARGGCUGUGGAAAAAUUAGGRCAUACGAAUGGAUGAUUUUCUUGUUCAAUGCAUCCAAUAGCAACUGGGARGCUCUUGAACAACAGCUUAACACAACAAGUAUUUUAGAGGAAGGAUUAACGUUCACAGUGAACGAUUUUGCAGAUUUGAUUGGCUUYAACAAUGUCCAGGAUGAGUUCUACAAAGUUAAAGCAAUAGCUUAUUUUAAUGAMUUCGUUCACAUAUCUUAUGAASGAGAGUUCGUGUUAAAUGCUGUUCCAGAAAGCUCCAACUCGUCAGCCUGCWCUGUWGUCCCAAUGACUGGCUUGGCUAUGGAUACUUACUUUAGAAUAUCAUGUGAGGAUUGGAAAGAUGAAGACUUACCACUAAACUUCAAGUUCCAGUAUGUCAGUCAGUUUGGGUUAAUAAUGCUCAAAUCUGGAAUUUCAGACACUUUUACCACACAACUUCUUCCUGGAAGUAAUGCAUCAGACUUUAUGAUUGAAAUCACUAUAAUUAUUAGCGAUAAAUAUGGAGCUUCCAAUACSAGAAGCAUUCCAGUAAGAGUGAUGGUGCCUUCACAAGAAGAAGCAAAAAACAGGAUCCAGAAUGUCGAUGGUGAACUAGAUGAGUUAGUUAGGAAAGGUGAUGCAAGCAAAGUCGCUGAUAUGUCAUUGUUUGCACUCUCCUUGAUGAAAGCCUAUGUCCAAGACGAAGAC